AAAUGAAAUGUUUUUAGUUCGAAUUCGAGAAUUUACAUAAUGCCAAAAUGGCUGGAUUUGCAUUGAAAAUUAAAUCAAAGAAUGGACAAAAUGUUCUUAAAAAUUUAACAUCAAAAAGUACGGUGGCUGAUCUAAAAACGGCAUUAGUUACUGCAACGAAUAUUAAUAAAAAUUAUUUAAAUAUUUUAUAUGGUUUUCCACCAAAACCAUUGAGUUUAUCAUCGAAUGAUUGUACUUUGGAACAAUGUGGAAUUGUAUCAGGUGAAACAUUGAUUGUAGAAGAAAAAAUUACAAAUAUUAUACCAAAUAAAGUCUCAGAAAAUCUACCUCGACCGCAUAUUUUAGAGUCAACGAUGACCCGUCCCGGUAUAUUAAUUAAACAAGUUGUUCCUGCCGAUAAUUCAUGCCUUUUUACCAGCAUUGGUUUUGUACUUAAUGGAAAGGUUGAUACAAAUGUGGGUAGUUUUAUGCGUGAAAUUAUUGCGAACGUUGUACAAAACGACACCGAUAAUUAUUCAGAAGCAAUAUUAGGAAAACCUCCAUCAGAAUAUUGUAAAUGGAUCAAGAAAUCAGAAUCAUGGGGUGGAGCUAUUGAAUUAGCUGUGUUAUCUGAAUUUUACGGGAUUGAAAUGGCUGUUGUGGACACGUUAAAUGCAAUUAUCAAUCGAUUUGGUGAAGAUAAAAAUUUUUCACAUCGUGUUUUUUUAAUGUUCGAUGGAAUACAUUAUGAUCCAUUAUUUUUAGAACCAUUUGAUGGAGGUGAAAUUCAAACAUUAUUUUUAACAUCAGACGAAUCGAUUCUAAAACAAGCUGAAACACUUGCUAUGGAAGCUAAAUCUAGUCGUCAAUUCACUGAUGUGGACAAGUUUACAUUAAAGUGCCUUGUUUGUGGACAGUUUUUUAAAGGACAAUUACAAGCACGUAGUCAUGCUCAAGAAUCAGGACAUAUGAAUUUUGGAGAAGUUUAAUUAAUAAUUAAUAAUUAAUUAUAUUACCAGACAUUUAUUUUAUAGAGACGUCUUUUUAUUUUUAUUUUUUAUUUGUAUUUAUAGCUUCCAGAAAAAAACAACAUUUUUAACUGCCAACCAAAACAAAAUACACAUUUUUUACGUACUAUAUAAUAAUUAUUAAAAAAGACGUGUUCCAUUUUCGAUUGUGACCGCCAUUUUGGGUGUUUUGUACUCAGUGGCGGAGUUAUAGAGUUAAAUUUAUUGUGGGUAAAAUACAUUUUACGACGCCCUCUUUUCGUGCACUAGCAAAAUUUUCAUAAAAACAAGUGAAAAUAAACAAUUAACUGAGUUAAUUGUUGAAAUACUAUGCAUAGACAGUGUUGAUUACUCUAUCA